UUUUCUUGCGAUGCUUUGGUGGUGGUCUUUCUGCUUCCGUUGGGUGGGAUGGCUGUUCUUUAAGUGCUUUGAUUGACGUUCCAACUAUAAGUGUUGAUCGAUACGUUUUAACACGUUGCAUGAACGUUGUGGGUGUGCUGAUCUCGCCAUGGCCAGAAGGAUUCUAUCAACGUGACUGUGCCGCCGCAUCACGCCCCCAGCCUCCGCGUCCGACAAGCGUCUUCUGGACUGCGAUAAUAACCUCAAAAGUUGACAAUUUCCCCCUCCAUUGUUGUUUGGACAUUUUGUUGCAACCCGGCAUUGGUCAGGCAUCUACACUGUCGUCCGAGCAGAUACUUUGGGGUCUGCCAGCGGUUUCAGCAAUCCAUUGUCGGCACGUUUGGCGACUUGCAGCGAAAACGGUCACCAACAGCCACAACAACAGUAGCUUGUCAGUGAUACAAUUACCUCUUGCUCCCCACACUUCAACAGCGUACGCCCUAUCACAUCAACCAUGUCCUCAAUGGAGCGCUACAUUCGUUUGGAAAAGCUUGGAGAAGGAACUUAUGCCACUGUGUACAAGGGCAAAAACCGCAACGACGGUUCCAUCGUUGCUCUGAAGGAAAUUCAUCUCGAUAAUGAAGAAGGUGCACCAUCCACAGCUAUACGGGAAAUAUCGUUAAUGAAAGAACUGCGACAUCCAAAUAUCGUCCGUCUCCACGAUGUCAUUCACACUGAAAAGACAUUGACGCUGGUGUUUGAGUACAUGGACCAGGAUUUGAAAAAGUAUAUGGAUUCAUUGGGAACGGGUGGAAUGAUUCAGCCGCAUAUGGCCAAAUGGUUCAUGUAUCAGUUGUUGAAGGGGAUAGCCUUUUGUCAUGAUAACCGCGUGCUGCAUAGAGAUUUGAAACCACAGAACCUGCUCAUCAAUUCCAAAGGCGAGCUAAAACUUGGCGAUUUUGGUCUUGCUCGUGCAUUUGGUAUCCCCGUCAACACCUUCUCCAACGAAGUCGUAACCCUCUGGUACCGCGCCCCCGACGUCCUCCUCGGAUCCCGCAACUACUCCACUUCCAUUGACAUUUGGUCGGCAGGCUGUAUCAUGGCCGAAAUGUACUCGGGAAAACCGCUCUUUCCAGGUAAAACAAACGAAGACCAACUCUACAAAAUCUUUAAACUCCUCGGAACACCGACGGAUGAGAUUUGGCCACGAGUAUCAGAGCUACCCGAGUACAAACCAAACUGGCCGAUAUAUCAGGGACAAGUCCUCUCAUCGAAAAUACCUAACAUGGACUGGAUGGGAUACGAUCUAUUGAGCAAAAUGCUGGUUUAUGAGCCAACUCGAAGAAUAAGCGCCAAGGACGCUUUGAACCACGUUUACUUCCACGACUUUUUGCAGGCUCAGUACGGUCAGCCUGUUGCUUCCCCUCAGUUCUUGGCGGCUGGUAUGCCUACGCCGAUGAUGACACCCGCCAUGAUGCAAGGCAUGCCUGCCAUGCCCGUACAGGGCAUGCCACCCGUGGGAGUACCUGUAAAUUUAGCUGGAGUACAGGCAGUUGGACCGAAUGGCGCGGUAUUGACUGCGAAUAACAUGGGUAUGCCGGGUAUGGGUGGCGUAGGGGGAGUCAAUGGGUUGGGAGGUAUGGGUGGGAAUUACUUAUCAUGAUAAUACAUAUCAUUUUGUCUGUUUGUCAACAUUAUCUAUUAGCGAUCAUGAUAUAUUGCUGAUGCUGAUGAUUAAAGAUAUCUAACUAAAACUUGUAAAAGACCAUUCAGACUGAUUUCCCUCUCUACUAGUUCCAUUAACCCUCAUGGUAACGUCCUCAUUUCUCCUGAUUUCCC